AUGGCCACUGUACAAUGUUUGCUAGGCAAGACGCCUUUGCACCUGACCAGUAGCCAGGGUCACUUGAAAGCGAGCCAGCUACUGCUGCGAGUGCCGGAGGCUGCUACCUUGGAGAGCAGCGAGGGUCACCUCCCCCUGCACGAAGCCGCUCUAGGAGGGCACGUUUCUGUGGUGCGGCUUUUGAUGUGGCAGCCGGGGGUGAUGGAGGCAACUACUCAGAGCCUUUCUGCUUUGCAUUUAGCUGCUAGAGGAGGACACACAGCUGUAGUGAAACUUCUCUCAGAGAAUCAGCCAGACACUGCUUUGGCCACCUACAGGCUGGGUUGGACAGCCUUACACCUGGCGGCCAGCUAUGGCCACGUGGAGGUGGCGCAAUAUUUGGCCGAGCGCUGGCCACAACUGGUGCAGAGCAGGACCUUUCCCCAGUCCGAGAGCAUCUACCGCUGUGAUUGCUGGCCCCUCUCUCCCUGUGAUGGUGGCUGUAGCAAAACUGGGGGCUGGCUGCCAUUGCACAUCGCGGCACAAAAGGGGCAUCUUGCUGUGGUGAAGUAUCUGGCUACCAAGUGGCCGGAGACGAUGGAAGCACGCAGCAGGAGUCAGCAUACUGCCUUUCAUUGUGCAGCCCGUGAGGGUCAUUUGAAGGUCGUCCAGUUCUUACUUCAACAGGUGCCCCACCAAGCGGGCAUGUUGACGGAGCAGAGACAGACAGCGCUGCAUUUGGCAUCUGCCAGGGGCCAUUAUCCCGUGGUGCAGUACCUUGCGCCCAUCUUGCCCGGCAAGCUGCUGGAACAUCGGGACAUCGAUGGCCGCACGGCGCAGGACAAGGUGAUGUUAGCCAAAGUUGCCGCUGCCAGCAUUUGGAUCGACAGGCCGAUGCAAGCGGUAAAGAACGCCCAAAAGGUGACCCCCGAAAUAAGGUCCUUGUUGCAGCCCAUCUCCUUGGACCCUCCGGACGCCGCCCACUUUCCGCUGCCGGCGUUGCCGCGACACCUGCCGCCCUUCGGGACAGAGGUGCCGGGCGCCAAGGGCACCAACAAGUUCUGGGCCAAUUGGGCAGUGGAGGAAGGGCGCCAGCUGCCCAUUCAUCCAAUGCCCUAUGUGCUGGGAUAUGAUUCUGAUGCAUCGACAGGGGCCCCCAACAUGAAGGUCUCCCGAGCCAGCAGUGAAGCACGAGUCGUACAGUAUGGAGAUGCAGAGACCAAUGGCGCAGACAAAAUCAGAUAUUAUUUCUCACCUUUUGUCAGUGAGUUUGGCUUAUCAGCAGUUGAACGAGCCAGCAAAGAAGGGCAAGUGAUUGUGAAGGAGGGCUUGUUUGGCGUUCAUGUGGAGGUUCGAGGACCUGCUGGGACACAACGCAAGAUCCUGUUCCCCAUCUACAGCGGCAUGAGUUAUGUGUCUGGCUUUUACACCGGAUUCACUCCGAAGAUUUUAUCAGAUCGAACUUUGCUGGUCAUCGAGCGGGUCAGCAAUGGAAUCUGGAAGCUCCUCAACAAUGGCGGAAAGGAAUUCCGUUUGUACGCCAUCAAUGCCUCCGGUGACUUUGCAGAUGACUCCUUUGACUUUCAUCCCAAUGGUACUAUGCAGAAGACCUUCGAAGGUUGGAUUCGUUUGGCAGAGGUUCAAGCACCCGGAGAUCGGCAAAUCUUGGACUUCCAUGCUCCAGCUGUACUGGUGGAUUGGCAACUGGAGGUGGAAAGUGGUGGCAUGGUCAAGUAUCGUUUCGCGAAACACGCGGCUGUUCCGAAGCAAAUCCUGCACUUCGCCUAUGCUCAUCACGAAAAAAUCAUGACAGGACACACGCAGGCUGUGACGCCACUGACGCCAUUGGCUCCGCCCACCAAGGGGAAGAUGAAGGGUGUGACAGGAGACCUGUGGCAGUUGCAGGUGAACGUCUCUGAGGCCCAAGAGUUGUCCUUCCUCCCGGCGACCGAGCCGCCCAGCAGCAAGCUGGAGGACUUGAAGGACAAGGCUUAUGGGACCUUGCAGUUCUUCUUGCACUCAGAUCACUGGAAGCAGGCAAUGUUCAGGGGCAGCUACUACUUCAGUGGCAAAGGAUUUCAGAAGGUUGCCUACACCUGCCUCCUUCUUGAGAAGUUUUAUGGCACCAAGCACAGCUACACCCAAUCGUGUGCAAAUCUCUUGCAGAGGGGCUUUCGAUGUCUCUACGCGCCCACCAUGCCGGAGUGCAACGGCGCUCCCAUCGGCCUGUACUAUGACGUGGCAUGGCAUGGAGUUGCCAGCCGCGAGGGCUUUACAGAUGCAGGCUGCAGGGGUGCGGACUUCGGCAACGCUCGCUACAAUGAUCACCACUAUCAUUUCAGCUACUUUGUGGUCUCAGCUGCUGUGUUGGUGAAACUGAAACCAGAGGUUGCCACCCACCGCGCCUUGGUUUCCUUCGUGGAUACCUUGAUCCGCGACACCACCAAUCCCAGCUGGCAGGACACGUAUUUUCCAUUGUUUCGUUCCUUCGAUUGGUUCGAUCUGCACAGUUGGAGCAGGGGAGUGAUCCCUUCCGCCGAUGGAAAGGACCAGGAAUCCACCUCAGAAGAAUUGAAUCUCUUGUAUGGCAUUCACUUGUGGGGCAUGGUGUUGCAGAGAGAGCCCUUGCGUCAGCUGGGCACUACCAUGCUGACGCUCUGCGCUAUGACCAUCCGCGAGUUCUUCCUGAUGACAGACGACAAUCCACACCAUCCCGAAGACUUUGUCAGAAACCAUGCCACAGGCAUUUUCUUCCAGAACAAGGUGGACUAUGCGACCUGGUUCGGCUGGAGGAAGGAUUUCAUCCAUGGCAUCCAGAUGCUUCCGGUGACACCCGCCUUGCUGUUGGUGCGCACCCCCCACUUCUGUCGCCAGGAGUGGGACAAUGUCCUGUCUCGCCUUCCCUUGAGCUCCACGGAUCCCUGGACCUCGUUGGUGCUCACGGGAAGCCUAGCGAUCAUCGAGCCAGAGGAAGCGUAUCGCAGGUUGAGCGACAUGCUGCCGGAGCACAUGGACAGUGGCUUGACGUGGGCCUGGGCCCUAUAUUGGUCGGCCAGCCAGCCGGGCGGAAGCAGCUCAGCGGACACCACCUGGGCCCCGGGACCCACCGAAGCACCAGAGGAGAACCUGGCCCUAUAUCGCUUGGCGCUCGCCUCCUCCCAACUCUCUGCGGAGCAUGCCGCAGCGCGGGCGGUGGACGGCCUCUUUGUGACACGUUGGAGCCCGGCGCUCGACGACGAAGAGCCCUGGAUUUCCGUCGACCUGGGAGAGGUGAAGGCACUGUCGCACGUGGUGCUGCUCUGGGGCGAAUUUUCUCCCAGCCGUUAUUUCAUCCAAGGCCGGGUGGCAUCGGAGGAUCCCUGGACCAGCCUGGCCGUAGCCAACGGCUCCUCUCAGCUGAUCCGCUCGGAGAUGCCGCGGACCUGGCUGCGCUGGCUGCGGGUGCUGAGUCGAAGUGGGGGCGACCUGCGGCUAUGGGAACUGCAGGUGUUUGAAGACACCACCGCUACCACAACGACGACCGCUGUGCCUGUAACAACUGCACUAGCGGUGACACCUGAAACCACAAGCUUUACAGGGUCGAGUACAACUCCUUUCUACGGGCCGAACUUAGCCUUCCAAAAGCCGGUUCUCUCCAGUUCCAUCCGCUCUGCCGCGGAACACGCCUACAAAGCGGUGGACGGAAACCUGGAAACCCAGUGGGCCACAGGGAACGACUCGGAUGAGCAGUGGCUGUGGGUCGACCUUUUGGGAGUCUACGCAGUGCAUCAUGUGGUAAUGGUCCUUGGGGAUGUGGUUCCUUCGCACUUUGUGCUACAGACAGCUCCGGAUGGCAUCACGUGGACAACAGUGGCCAGUGCUGCCGGAGCCAGCCACGGGUUCAACCCUCCGAUCUCGAUGCAGUGGCUGAGGGUCGUGUGUCCAACAGCUUGCAGCAUUCGAGAACUCACCGUGCAUGGCCAAGAACCUGGCGCAGGCACUGCUGCUGGCAGCAGAGUGAACCUGGCACUUCUUCGUCCUGCCUUGGCUUCAAGCCAAAGGUUGCCGCAGCACGUGAGUCGCAUGACGGAUGGCUUGAUCACCACAUCCUGGGCUUCAGCAGAAGGAGACCUGAAGCCCUGGGCAUGGGUGGACCUUCAAAAAGUCUACAAGGUGCUGGAGGUGGAAGUGCUUUGGUGCGCAGAUGUUCCCAAAUACGAGCUGCAAAGCAGUCAGAAUGCGGUGGACUGGACUCCGAUGGCCAGGGCUGGGGGCGUGGCUGGGCAGAUGGUGCGGACCAGCUUUUUGGAAGCAAUUCCCAUGCAGUGGAUUCGCAUCGUUUGCCAAUCCUUUUCUGGACCCAGCUGCUGCAUCAAAGAGCUCUAUGUCUAUGAUGUGGCUAAACCUGACUGGCCUCAGCCUGCGAAGCCUGGGGCUGCACCGUCCAGCGCUGAGAACUUGGCUUUGAACAAACCGGUUGUUACAUCUUCCACCCUUCCUGGAAAGUAUGGCUCUAUGGCAGUGGAUGGGCUUGCCAACACACAGUGGAGUUCCGCUGCUGGUGAUCACUGGAUUUGGGUGGAUUUGUUGGCUGAGUACCAGUUGGACCAUGUCGUGAUCAUUUGGGGGAGCCUUUUGCCCAACAGCUUUGAUCUGGAGACCACCAGCCCGAGUGCCGUCAGUUGGUCCCCAGCACUGGUGAACCUGGAGCCUUCCCUGGGAGCACAGCGGCUGGAGCUGCAAGGGGAAUGGGCACAGUGGCUGAGGAUCUACUGCAAGGGUAGCUGCAGCAUCCAAGAACUGGAGGUGUAUGGCACAGCCGAAGAGGGUCGGCUUCUGAGAGAGGAUAAGUUGCUGAAGCUGAUUUCAAUCUGGACGACUGCGUCACAAGAUCCUGACAGUGAGAUCAGUGCGAGUCCAUUGCAUGCUUUUGACCUGGCCGGAGUCUUUUUCUGCACGGUCUUGGGUCAAGAUGACCUGGGUGAUGCCAAAGAUCACCUCAGUUUUCGGGUCAUUUCCUGGCAAUUUGCCCGUGGCCGGGUGGCUGAACUUCUCGAUGAGCUGCGGCAGACAGUCAUUGUCUUGCAAGUGGCAGUGACGGGGCUGACUGGUCUCAAGGGCUGGCGUUGGCGCUGGGGAUGCCCACGACGUGCCCGGUUCCGCGUGAGCGCCUGCACCCUGGCGGGGCAGCAGAAGGUUGAGGUGGCUGUGGCGCAGCGGCAAACUGCUGCAUGGCUCCUCGAGAAACUUGCCCAGCUCAUUGAGGUGCCAACGGAUCGGCUGGUGGUGCUCUUCCCGAAUGGCCCGAGAACCCAUCGGAUGGGGGGUAAAGGAGCAUGGCUGCAUGGGUACGUCAUAGGCAGAGAAUUUGUGGAGGUUUUGCGCGCGACCAUUUGCACAGCCCCGCCCCCUCAUCGGCUCGCAAGGUGGGUCAGCCAAGUUCAGAACCGGGUUUAA